UCAUGGAUGAGGUAUAUGGUAAUUUUUUCGCCUAUCAUUCUAUAAGCGGAAAGAUGCUUUGCCAAACGUUUUGAGAGCAUUGCUCUGGCUAGAGUCAUUUCAUCUUCGAGAUAAGAUCCAAAAGAUGCGUAGAGUAAAAAUAGUACAACAAGCAACAGACCUCCUGGAUUUUCGACGGUACAAGAAAACAGGAAGGAAUGAGAAGGGAAAAGGUGAUUGCGCGGAAGGAGUUGAGCUGAAGAAGUCGUGGAAACAAAAUGUUUCUGAAGGAGAAAAAGCGCUGAAGAAAUUAGCAGCGGAUAAAGUUGGCAACCGCAGCGGUCAAUGGACUGUCGACGAAAUUAAAAGCAUGGUUACUGUUAAAAAUUUAUGUUCUUGCAGUGAUCCUAUAUCGACGGCUUUUAAGGUUAACAGUAACUUGCGGGUUUUGGCAAAAUCGUACAUAGAGAAUACCGAGACCCUAAACAAUCUUGCAGACCAGACAGAGGAUUUUGCUGUGCAGCUCAUCGAUCAGGUUAAUGGCAGUGAGCAGCUUGCAUUGCAAGACGUACCGGGAAACGUUAAUCGCUGUGCCUCGAUGCUCAGCGGCAUGACGGAUAAGGCAAUUGAAUAUUCUCAAAAGAAAUUUGUUGCACAUCCUUUAUUGUACAAGAGACUACAAAUGAGAUGGAAUCUUGGAAUACCUAAGGUUUUAAAGCCUCGUGAAAAGUUUCGACCUUUUCUGUACCUGCUGAUACUGAUAGACACGAUCCUCACUCCAUUUCUGCUUCCGAUUAUUGGAUAUGCUUUUUACCAUGACCAAAAAGAGAGGCGUGUGAGGUCACAAGAACAAAGAGGAAAAUCGCGUACGGGUGUGAAAAGAUCACGAUGGAGUAUCAUAGAUUCUUACCUGAAUUACCUGACUUCUCCCUUUGUCUUGUUUAUAAAAGACAAGCUAACCCAAGUGGUAUUUAUAGCAUUUCACUGCAUAGUCUGCACUUCGGAUUCUCAGAUCGCAAUAACAUACGAAGAGUACAUAAUUUUCUUUUUCUUCUGUGGCAUGAUCCUGAGUGAAUUCCAGCAGUACAAGCGGUCGCAACUGAAAUAUUUCAAGGACAUGUGGAACUACGUGGAUGUCCUGACUCUCUUUAUCUACAUCCUGAUCGUCUUGACGCGCAUUGCGACGAUUAUCCGCGGAGGCGAAACUUAUGAUAAUGACCUGUUAGAAACUGCCAACAUCCUCUAUGGCGUAAAUACCAUGUUAUUGGUAUUGCGCUUCUCCAGUAUCCUGGAGGUUAACUCAUUUGUUGGUCCAUUGCAGUUGGCUUUAUUUCGGAUGAUUCUUGACUUACUCACCAUACUUAUGCAGUUUGCUUUCGUGGUCGCCGCGUUUUCGUUGGCCAUAACAAAGGUUUUCAAUGCAGAUCUCUCCAAAUUGGGUUACGGCGCCAACGAUACUAGUGGUGAAACUUACUUAGCACCGUAUUGUGACCAAGCAGGGGCAUUAGAGUGCCUGUACAAGACAUCUGGACACCUUAUAUGGUCAGUGUUUGGUCUAACUGACUUGAAUAAGCUGAACACCAAUGAUAGUCUCGCCUUCCUAGUCACCAGAGGUCUAUACUUGGUUUUCCUUAUUUUGACCGUUAUCAUGCUGAUCAACAUGCUUGUGGCCUUACUUUCCAAGACUUAUGACAAUAUUACGAACAAUGCGGAAGUUGAGUGGAAAUUUUCACGCGCUGUUGUGGAAAACCAGUACAGGAAUCUUCACUCUAUUGUGGUACCGUUCAACCUGCUAUCUGUUCCAGUAGCACUCCUUUACAUUCGUUUGCAUGGUAAUCCUCGUGAAGAGGAUGCAAAAGACCGUCGAAAACAAUACAAGAAUUUUUAUCGCGAGCGUCUGUUUCCACUGCUUACUAAAAGGUAUCUCGAAAAAUAUGGUGGAGCGUUUCCAUUGUCAGUUGAUGACAAGAUCGACCUGAUAAUGCAGAAUUUGAAAAUUUCGCCCUUAAAUGAGGAAAACAAUGCCAGAAGCGUUGGGGAAGGUGAUUUGGAUAAUUUUCCCGUACCGGAGAACAGCCAGAUGCCGACUUCAUCAACCAAAUUUACCAAAUUCACAGCACCAAUCAACGAUGUAUAGCUCGCCUAGCAAUCUAGUUCUAUAUCACGUCUAAAACUCUCUAGCUUUAAGUUGUUUCGAUUUUUAUUUGGCUCCUAAAGAAAUAUUUUAUCUUAGUUUGCUCUUCAGCUCUAGCUCAUAUAAUUCUAAACGUAAUCAUGUAGUGUAUGUUGCCAUGAACUUAAUCAGGUAUAUUUCACUUAGUCUGUUUUCCGGCGAACCACAAUGCGGACUUCGUCUGCUAGCUUUCAAAACGCCGUUUAUUGAAAGUAGAAAGGCUAAUCUCCCUUACAGUUAUCUGUAUCCCUUUUCCCCCUCUUGAAACUUAAAACUUAUUAAAAAAAUUUAAGUAUUCAUGUUUCGGGACGAUGGGGAAGGGGAAGAAGAGGGAGAAGAGGGAGGCGAUCAAAGUGUGUCAUGGACUGCAAAAAUACGUAAAAGAAAAGUGGAAAAUACUUGGCAAUUCGAGGGUUAAAAUGAUUAUGAGCUAGAUAUAAAUAAAAAGUUCAUAAAUGUUAUGAAAAA